AUGGCGGAUGAUGCAACCAAGAAGCAAACUUGUUUGCAGUGUAGGAAGCGAAAAGUCCGCUGCGAUGGUGAGCUCAACGGCUGCUCAAACUGCAAUAGACUAAAUUUCACUUGCUCAUUCUUGAAGGCCCCGAAUGACUCGGCUGGCAUCAAUUUACCUCUGAACCAAGCGCAUGCGGCGAACUCGAGGCAACGGACAAAGUACACGAUUGGCGGGAUUGAGCGACGGCGUGGACUUAGAGCUUGUCGUCCUUGCCGUGCAUCAAAGUCCCGAUGCAGUGGCGGAUGGCCGACAUGUCGCAACUGUGAACAGCGUAGACUUGACUGUCAAUACCUGCCCAGCAAGCGGCGGAAAAUUCCAUUGGACCCAGCACCAUGUCCUGGAAAUAACACUCUGAACGAACCGACAUUAUCUAACCUCCGCGAUUUGAAUGGAUUAGAGUCAGUUCCGGGUGUCUUUGACCUCACUCAGUCCAAUUCCGUCAAGGACAUCAACCUUGCAUCAAACAAGAUAUUCCUCGAAAGUCAUGUCAACGCAUACUUCAAGUACUUCCACGUCAUUCCACAGUUCAAUUUCCUCCAUAAAUCGUCAUUUUUGCGGGAUUUUCACCAUGACACUCUCGAUCCGGUGACCUUGUGCUGCGUCUGCGGUAUUGCCUCGCGCUUCAUCAACCAGAAUGCUGAUAAGAGCUAUGUUUCACGAUGGCUGGAAGAGAUUGAAGCACAAAUCUGGUCGCGAACAGGCGAGAUGAAAAUUCAAAACCUGCAACUAAUCGUCCUAUUGGUAUGCUGGUACUCACUUGAGAGAAAAAUCUCCCAUAUGUGGACAGCUUCCGCUUUGGCAACGCGAAUGGCAUAUGGCAUGCGCUUGAACCAUGAGACUACCGAUAAACUGCCGUUCGUGUUGAGAGAAAGCCGCCGAAGGCUGAUGUGGUCAAUUUUCAUGUUUGAUAAGAUGUAUGCUGGAGGAAUCUCUGAACUCACCCUUUGCACAGCAAGCACGAUGCAUAUCAGCUUGCCGUGCGAGGGAAGAAAUUUUGAUCUUGAUAUUCCUAUUGAAACAUCUGUGUUGGAGCCAGCCAACGCGAACGCCGAGUUGGAGGCAGGUAUCGGAAUCAUGGGACAUAUCACUCGACUCAUGAACAUACGGCACGCUAUUCUCGAAAUGAUGAUCUCCGGUAUUCGAGAGUCUGUUCCAGAACCAGUUCAGCAAGAAGUGCCACUUUCCUUAUGGUCCGAUACGCUGCGUGAAGCCGACCUUACCAGACUUACGGAUCAAUCAAUUGGCAUCUACGCAUACCAAUGCGCCAAUAUCAUCGCCAAUCUAUGGGAGUUAGACCACGACGAUACUUUGAAAGUAUCAUUGCAGACAAUCGUCUCUAUUUUGGAGCGACCGGCAACGAUCUACCCAAUUGUCGCGGAAAUCCAAUCGGAAAUAAAUACUCUGAUAAGUAGCCUUGAUAUUGUGACCAGUUUCUACAAUAUGCACAGAGACCAAAUGCUUUCUCAGACACUCACAUGUGCAUGGCGGUCCAGUCUGCGACAACUAGGAGUUCAAGAAGGGCAAACCACGUCCAAGUUCUCACUUCUUGAGUUUCUUCAGAAUCAAAAUGGAAUCGACGAUUCAGAUACUACAGAAGAAUUGUCUACAAUAACUAAGGUCCCUGCCGACUCGGUAGCCCCGGCAGAGGGUAAUACGGUCGUGACAGUAGACAUGGACAUGCCCUUCCCAGACAGAUCUGAUCUGGUAGACGACGAGCUUUGGCCAUCUAGCAUGCUGGGGAUAGGAUUUGACAUGGAAGAGACUCAAGUCGAUCCAUUCUCUCGCAUAUUUGAAGAUUGAUUGGAGGAUGUCGGGCCUAGUGAAGGUAGUGUCACUGGACCAGAUAACGUCGAAAGCCACAAGGAGGAGUUCCAGGCCCUGUGCAAGGAGCGUGGCCCCAUGGAAGAGAUCAUGUACACCAGCAUUCGGAAUACUGGUUCAAGAGGGAUUAUGAUGAAACUCGUGGACUUUCAUCGCAAUUUGGAUUUGAGUGAGGCGAGGGCUCUGGGGCUCAAUGCCGAGUUGAGCACUGAGAGUUCCUGGUACACAGCCUUUGACCGGGUGCGUGAAGCAAAGCUCAUGUUGUAA